GGGUCCCGAAUAAAUGCUGACUCAUCACACAGAAAUAACUUUCCUCCCACUUUUACCUAGGCCGGCCCGUGGCGGGAGCGUCAAUCCUGCACCGAUGCGGCACCAUGCAGCGAGCGUAUCGCCGCACGUUUGCCGAUAGAAGAACUAUUAGCUUGGCCGACCAAAUGGAAACGAGAGGACCAACUUGCAAUCGUUCUUGUGGUGGCAUCUGGGGCCAGGCACGGUCCGUAACUGAGGGCUGCAUUCCUCACGCGCACGUAUGAUAUCUCCUGUUCAUUAGCGACCGUCACUCGUGAGCGGAGGCGUCACUAUCCAAGCACUCUUGGCUCUGCCCUCCAUGCACCUCCCACCAGAACUGUGGUCGCUCGUGCUCGAGAACAUCGGCCCCGCCGACCUCUGUGCCAUCCACCUCCUAUCGUGGAACUUCCACGACAUCGCCCAUCCCCUCCUCUU